ACGAGGUAACUUCUGUGGCGUGAAAUCAUUUUAACAAACAAAAAGCUUAUUACCAUUUAACAACAAUUCUACUAGUUUCUUUUUUUUAUUAUUAUUAUUAUUAUUCACAAGAAACAAAAAAAGAAGAAAAAGAAAAGAAACUAAAGAAAAGAAAAGAAAAGAAAAGAAAACAAAAAUCAUAAAUCGUAAUUGAUUCCCAUGUUAAGAAACAACCCUCUCAACAUAAUCAUUCCCCUGUUUCGAUCAGAAUUUAAUCUCGUUCGAUCUAAUUGACAUUGACCUUGAACGCUAUUUCGGUUCUUUACAGUGAAAUAUAUUUCUUACACAAGGUUUAAAAGUGAGUUUUUAACCCGAGUGACGUUGUAUAAACAUACGGUAGAUAAAAGAAAGUAAUAAAAGAAAAAUUAAAAAAAUAAAAAAAACUAAAACAAGAGAAAGAGAAAAACAAAACGAAUCAAAUAAUUCACCCACCCCGAGACAACAUGAAUCCCAAACUUCGUUCAUCUUUUUACUCGGAGAAUUGAGAGAAUGUGUACGUGAUGUUACACCGAAGUGCAUCGUCGCGACGCCGUAGGGCGUCACGAAACGUAACAAAUUCGAAUCAUCCUGUUGGUGCAUCAUCAACAACAACAGCAACAACAACCACAGCAGCAACGAUUGCAGUUAACAGAGGAAGACGUGCAAGUGUAGCUACUGAAAAACCAGAUCUUUUGACACAAAUCAAUCCCUGCGGAACUAUGGAAAGGCAAAAAUCACCAAGAGGAAGUGUAGUACCAAAUAUAGCACUCGACGUUCAAAAUGAUUUACUAGAAGAGGGAAGUGGUAGAAGAAUUUUACCAAAUUUGGAUUACGGUGGAUCACGGAACAAUCUAACAAUAGCUGAGAUAGGAAGAAGUCCACGUAAUUCCUUGAUACCGGAUGAUUAUUGCAGAAGUCCUCGUGGUUCUUUGAUACCAGACGUUGGUCGUAGUCCACGUAACAGUUUGGUACCAGAAAUAUCUAGAUCAGCAAGAAAUAGUUUGACUCCGGAUACACCGCAUAGUCCAAGACACUCGUUGGUACCCGACUUGGCCUACAAUCGCAGUCCGCGAAAUAGUUUGGUACCGUUGGGUGGUUCGAGGACAUCACUGAUGGCAGAAAAUGGAACGAGUGGUCAUUUAAAUCGUAGCCCAAGACAUUCCUUGGUACCAGAUUCAAACAGGAGUCCAAGAGGAAGCGUUGCAAAUUUAGAAUUUGACCGUAGCCCACGUGGUUCGAUUUGUCCGGAAAUGAUGAGAACCGGAAGAGGUGGUGCUAGUGGUGGYGGUGGUGUGGGUGGUUCCACGACACCGUUAGAAAUCGAUAGGAGUCCUCGUGGUUCGUUGAGUUCCGAAUGCGCUAAUCAAAGUCCGCGUGGUUCUAUUGCACCUGAUCCUAAUAGGUCUCCAAGGGGUUCCAUAGCACCUGAUCCAAAUCGUUCACCAAGAGGAUCUAUUUGUCCCGAGAGUAAUCGUAGUCCACGUGGAUCUAUAGUUACGCAUGAACAAACCAAUAGAUCUCCACGUGGUAGUAUAGUUGUUAACGAUUUGGAAAGGCAUUCUUCUUCAAGAAAUAUCAUAGCUGGCAACGAUGAAGAAAAUAGAAGUCCCAGGGGUAGUAUUGCUCCUGAGUGUAUUGAUAGAAGUCCUAGGGGUAGUCUUGGUGGUGGUGGACUCGAUAGAAGAACUACCAAAAGCAAUUUGAUAGUGCAGGAUCCUAGAAGAGCUUCCGCUGAUCAAGGUACCGUUAGAAGCCGCAGUUCCUCUCCCUAUCGUCAAAAGGAUACAAAUUGUAGUAGUGUAAGAUCAGCUGGGAACGGUGCUCAAAUUAAUCAUGCGUACGGUGGAAGUUCUUGGACGGAAUCCAGGCGAGCAAGUAGUUCAGUUUCUCAGUUUUCAGGUGACGAAUCACGUCGAUUGUGUGCUGGAAUUAUCAAAAUUCCAGUUAAGGGUACUUCGGAGACCGCAAACCUCGGAGUGGCGACCUAUGGUUCCGUGGUCUUCCAACUGAAGGACGCCCAUCUCGAGGCCAACGGCACGUGCGACUUUGUUUUUCGUGCUUUAAGGGUCAUUAGCAAGACGAUGAUAGUAACCAUUUGUCUAGCAAUACUUUCUACGAUGCCUAUUCUCAUGUUCAUACUUGGUUUGCAGUUUAUCAAGGAUUGCCCAAGGGAACCACACAUUCCUGUCUACAUGGUGGUCGGUGGCACUUUGGGAACCGUUAGAAUGUUUUGGUCACUUUACUCUCAAAUACGUUCAAGAAGACCGGAAGCUCUUACAGUUCCUAAUACCAGAUCUUAUGUUUCACCAAUGAAGCUGGCUUCGAUAACCCUUUCGUGCUUCCUCGUCGGUUGGUUUGUCUUAGGUAAUUAUUGGAUACUGAGCAUCGAAUGGCCAGAAUACACACCUUUACUUUACGAUCCUGACAGAUGGUGCCAUAGAACCCUUUACAUAUUCUCAUUGGUCCACCUUUGCAUCGUUUACGUAGUUAUAGCAUUGAGCAUUUUACUUUCUCUCGGCCUAGCAUUUUGCAGAAUUUUUGCCUGUCCUUGGCCAGAAAGAUACAAAUAACCACGGCGUUCGGUUAGAUCGAGAAACACUAGUAACAAGUUAAUAAUCGGUAAGAGAUACAAGGAUCGUGAUUUUCGCGAAAAUAAAAGAUUGAAGAUGGUGGAAGGGGUUAUUGUUGUUGUCGAUGACGACGACGUCGAAGACGAUGACGAUGAAGAAGGGAGUUCAAACGAGCGAGGUAAUGAGGUCGUACAGGAGGUGAAGUAUAGCAGCAAAGUACAGUUUCGCGCACCCGAUAUCAUUGAAUUAUGAAGAAACUCUACCAAAGAAAUGGCUAGAAAAUAACAAAUUGACUUUUCUGACGGUUUUUAUUUUCCUUUUUUUUUAUUUUUUUUUUUUUUUAUUUUUAUUUUUAUUUUUUUUUUUUUUCGAUCGAUCAUAACGCGAAUCAACGAAGGGUGAUGCAGGAGUGGAAACAAAAUGAACGAGAAAUGAAACAAAAUUACGCGAGUAAUAAUUUCAACUCUCGCAAAAUCUAAAGUUUAUUAAUUAAUGAGAAAUAUAAAUCAAAAAAAUAGAACUUGGGAUUUUUACAGUAAAAAUGU